CUCAGCCUUCGCGAGUCGGCGGCGGCAGUAUUGAAGGUUUCGGAUGGGGACGAAAAAAGGGAGUUGGCUUCGUCCUCAUUUUCCCCGUGUGAAUCGACGUGAGAUUGAUUCCAUGGCGUCAAGUUUUACAGUUCUGAUCCUAGGGCCUUGUUAGACCCGACCGUUUCGCUCAUUGCCGUUUGGCUGCUGUUUUUUUUGUGUCCUUCCCUUCGUCGUAUAGAAUUCUUGCCACCACCGUCGGCUCAACCAAAGGCCACGGUUACCUCCGUUUUCCAGCGCUCGACCUGGCAAGUUCGGGAGGGGACAUCCGCGGAACGUGCGCGCCAUCCAGGCACCCGUCCCGUAGCCUCCGUUUUGGUCCAACAUCCAGCUGUCCUGUCGAAUUACUUCGCGCCGCGUCCAACAAGCCCUCGCCCAUCUCAACCUUCUUCCCAUGUGCAACAUAGUCACCAGAAUAGACAUAGGCCUCUGAGACCGAGUAUUAUUACCACCUGUGUACAACUACCAACUUCAACCGCAACAGCGCACCGCAUAUCACCAGCUGUUAUAGCGCCCCGUCCUCGACACCGACCCCACCCUCUUGGACGACGAGCCGCCGACCCCUCUCCGUUCCCCGAGAUCGUUUGCGCACAGGACCCAUGAGUACCCGGUCAAGAAGAAACAAGUCUCCGAAGCUCGGCUUAGUGACCAGCGCGGAACCAGCCAGCAACGGCAGCGCGUCGGGCAGCAUCAAGACAAACGGCGGCGCCAUGAACGCCGGCGUCGAGUACCGGCGCAAGGGGCCGGCGCAGGACUCGGACGUGGUGACGGCCAACCUCAUGGCGCGCGAGGACUUCUCGCUCGACGAGCCCGUCCCCAAGACUCCCAUGCUCAACAACCACGGCUUCCUGGAGCUGCCGCUGCACGACCAGCGCAACUUCGGCCUGCUGGUGCUGCUCUACUUCCUGCAGGGCGUGCCCAUGGGCCUGGCCACGGGCUCGGUCCCCUUCCUGCUCAAGGACCACAUGUCGUACAGCCAGAUCGGCAUCUUCAGCCUGGCGUCGUACCCCUACUCGCUCAAGCUCUUCUGGAGCCCCAUCGUCGACGCCGUGUGGAGCCCCCGGCUCGGCCGCCGCAAGAGCUGGAUCCUGCCCAUCCAGGUGCUCUCGGGCAUCGGCAUGCUCUGGCUGGGCUCCACGGUCGAGGACAUGAUGGCCCGCACGGGGCAGCCGGGCGGCCCCACGGUCUGGGGCUUCACGGGCUGGUGGUUCUUCCUCGUGCUCAUGUGCGCCACCCAGGACAUCGCCGUCGACGGCUGGGCCCUGACCCUGCUCACGCCGGGCAACAUCUCGUACGCGUCCACGGCGCAGACGGUCGGGCUCACGGCGGGCCAGUUCCUGUCCUAUACCGUCUUCCUGGCCUUCAACUCCAAGGACUUUGCCAACAAGUGGUUCCGCACCGAGCCGCUCGAGCACGGCCUCCUCAGCCUGGGCGGCUACCUGACCUUCUGGGGCUGGGCCUUCAUCGUGGUGACGGUGGGGCUGGCGCUGCUCAAGCGUGAGGAGCGCACGCGCAACGAGGACGGCGUCUGGGACGUCUACCGCAUCAUGUGGGGCGUGCUCAAGCUGCGCCACGUCCAGACCAUCAUCGCCGUCCACCUGAUCGCCAAGAUUGGCUUCCAGGCCAACGAUGCCGUCACCAACCUCAAGCUGCUCGACAAGGGUUUCGGCACCGACAACAUGGCGCUGACCGUCCUCAUCGACUUCCCCUUCGAGAUCGGCCUGGGCUACUACGCCGGCAAGUGGUCCCAAGAGUACACGCCCAUGCGGCUGUGGUGCUGGGCCUUUGUGGGCCGCCUGAUGGCUGCCAUUGGUGCCCAGUUUACCGUCUUCAUCUUCCCCGCGGGCGGCGUGACGCCUUGGUACAUGCUGCUUGUCAUUGCCGAGCACAUAUUCUCGACUUUUACAAACACGGUCAUGUUUGUUGCCGUCUCGGCCUUCCACGCCAAGAUUGCGGACCCCGUGAUUGGGGGCACCUACAUGACACUGCUUGCGACUGUAUGCAAUCUUGGCGGGACGUUCCCGCGCUACUUUGUGCUCCGGCUCGUCGACGCCUUCACGGCGGCGACGUGUUACCCGGCGGCCAAGCUGACGGAGCUGGACACGAGCAAGCUCAAGGGCCCGCUGGUGACGCAGCCCUUCAGCUGCGCCGUCCAGGCCGAGAAGGAGCGGUGCCUGGCGGGCGGCGGCACGUGCGAGAUGGUGCGCGACGGUUACAACAUCGUCAACAUCAUCUGCGUGGCCGUCGGCAUCAUCACCUUUGUGACCUUUAUCCGGCCGAGGAUGUUGCAUCUGCAGAGCCUGCCGUUGAGGGCGUGGAGGCUGGCCACCAACGGCAACGGCAAGUGAGUCGGCCUUGUUGUUUUUUUUUUUGUUUUUUUUUUGGGCGGCAGGUGCUAUCUGUUCGUUUAGAAACCCUGUACCUGAUCCUCUGGCUGUAGAUCUAGACAACUUUUUUGAUCUCGUAAUACGAAACAGCUGCGUUGAAGAUGGUA